GAGGUGGGAAGAAGAGGACCUGGUGAUGUGAGCUCAAACACACUCUCUCACACACACACAGACACACACAGAGGCACUCUGGCAGACUGACGCAGGACGAAGGGGACGAAGCUAAGAGGAACCUGUUAGAGAACGACAACAAAGAAAACAGAAAGAAGAAUAAGAAGAGAAACACGAGAGAAGCUUAGAGAGCAAAAAAGGAAGAGAAGAGCAGGAACCAGGAGGGAGAAAGAGGUGCCGUGUGUCUGUCAAGAAGUCAACUCUGUAAACCUCACUUAUACUGCACUAAACCAUUUACUAAAUUAAGUUAAACCCUACAACAACAACAAAAAACAACAACCUCAACACUCACAAACAAUGGCCCCUAAGAAGAAGGCCUCCCGCCAGAAGAAGCCUGCAGUGGAAACCAUCUCUGAGGUUGCCAUGGAGACCGCCCCAGUGGCCCUGAAGGUGGAGAGCCGUGGCGAUGGUGUGGUGGUGGUGGAGACCGGGGUGAAGAAGAUCGAGCAGAUGGCGGCACUGGACAUCGCUCAGCUCAACAGCCUCAACCUGCCUCUGCCGCCGCCGGUCAUCAAGCCCGGGGAGAGAGGCCUCGGCCUCGGCAGCGAGCUGACGCGACCCCUGCACGGCAACGCCCUGCUGGAGGAGCUCAGCAAGAUGCGUCAGGAGAAGUUCCUGACCGACCUGGAGUUGGCCUGUAAGACAAAAGCCUUUGACGUCCACAAGCUGGUCAUCUCCUCAGUCAGUCAGUACUUCAGAGAGAUUCUGGCUAAAGAUCCUAACAUGAAGCGCCUGGAGCUCCCCUCCCUCUCACCUCUAGGUCUCGCCAACGUCAUCACCUUCGCCUACCUGGGUCGCGUCCACAUGUCCCUCUACACCAUCGGCUGCACCGCCUCUGCCGCCUCCACCCUGCAGAUCCCUCAGCUCCUCAAGAUGUGCAUGGACUUCCUGCUUGCCGAGCUCAACGUGCAGACCUGCGUCUACAUCUGGAACAUUGCCGCCGCCUACAGCCUGCUGCCUGUGUGCGACGCCGCCCGCCGCUUCGUCCUGGAGAACUUCGUGCAGUUCGCCAACACGCCGCUGUUCACCCAGCUGACCCUGGAGCAGAUCUCUGCCUUCCUGCAGGACGACUCGCUGCUGUUGCCCUCAGAGGUCACUGCCUUCCAGCUGGCCAUGAGGUGGCUCGACUUCGACGCCUCUCGUCAGACUCACGCCACCGAGCUCCUGUCCCACAUCCGCUUCGAGACGAUCCCGGCGAGCGAGCUUGUGAGUCAGAUCCAGCCGGUGCCCCGCAUGAUGAUGGACCCUCAGUGUCACCGCCUGCUGGUUGACGCCAUGAACUACCACCUGCUGCCCUACCAGCAGAACACCUUGCAGUCCCGACGCACACAGGUCCGCGCCAGCCAGCAGACUCUGCUCACCAUCGGUGGUCGACCAUCACUCACCGAGAGAGCUCUCAGCCGCGAGGUGAUGUGGAGGGACCCUCGUGAAGGUGGAGCUGCCUGGCGUCACCUCACCCAGCUCCCGGCAAAGAGCUUCAACCAGUGCGUCGCUGUGAUGGACGGCUUCCUGUACGUGGCCGGAGGAGAGGACCAGAACGACGCCCGCAACCAGGCCAAACACGCCGUCAGCACCCUCAGCAGAUAUGACCCUCGCUUCAACACCUGGCUCCACCUGGCCAGCAUGCGCCAGCGCCGCACCCACUUCUCCCUGGCAGCCAGCGGCGGCCGCCUGUUUGCCAUCGGCGGUCGCAACGUUGAGGGUCUGCUGGCCACCACCGAGAGCUACCUGCCCUCCUCCAACACCUGGCAGAUGCGUGCGCCCAUGGAAGUGCCCCGCUGCUGCCACUCCAGCGCCACCCUGCCCUCCGGAGACAUCCUGGUGACCGGCGGGUACAUCAACUGUGCCUACUCCCGCUCUGUGGCGUGCUACAGAGUGGAGACCGACACCUGGACCGAGAAGGCCUCCCUGGAGACACCCCGCGGCUGGCACUGCUCCGCCACCCUCGGAGGGAAGGUGUACGUGGUGGGAGGAAGCCAGCUGGGGCCCGGCGGUGAGCGGGUUGAUGUUCUCUCUGUUGAGGUCUUCUCCCCGGAGAGCAGCUCAUGGAGCCGUGCCGCCCCUCUGCUCCUCGGCGUGAGCACCGCCGGCCUGUCCCCGCUGGCCGAGAAGCUGUACCUGCUGGGAGGCUGGAACGAGGCGGAGAAGCGCUACAAGGCGGCCGUCCAGAAGUACGACCCGGCCACAGACAGCUGGUCCGUGGCGGAAGAUCUGCCUGAGCCCACGGUGGGAGUGUCCUGCUGCACCCUGACCCUGCCGCCGCGCCCCGCACCACGCCGACAGCCGCACCGCAACACCCCGGCCCACGAAGAGCAGCAGCAGAAGAACCAAAGCAGAGAGAGCAGCGUGGCUCCUUCACAAACCAUCACAGCAUAGAGGAGAAGAAGGGAGAGACUAGAAGAGAGGAGGGCUGGUUUAACCUCUGGAGAACAUCUGGAUCACAUCUGCUCUUCUUUCUCUUUGUACCUAUUUUAAAUUUAUAUCAGUCUGUAAAGAAUUAUAAAGAAUUUUGGAUAAAGAAAAGAAAGAUUUUAUUUAAUAUAUUGUAGAAAUAUUUGAAAUAAAUGUUUAAUAUAAUAUAUUUUAUAAUUUUAUAAAAGGUAGCAUUUUUUGGAGCAUUUUAUUUAUACAAUAUUAGUUAAUAUGCUAAAGAUUUACAAUAUUUAGAUGAAGCAUUGAUCCUCCAUUCUUACUGAGGUGAUUUUAGGGUUUCUAAAAAACAUACUUAUUCGACAGCUGACCUCCAUUAUUAGAAUCACAAGAGAAAUAUUACAAUUAGAUCCUAAUUUAUUAAACAACCAGAGACAGACCCAUGAAAUGCCCAAGUAUGUAUGUGCUGGUUUUAUUUUGCAAGAAAUUAAAAGAGAGCGUUCAUGAUCCAAAGUGAUCUCAGGAGGUUUUACACUGAUGGAAAUAGGAGGAGUAAAAAAAGGUGGAUAAGGGAUGAAUUAUAGCGUUGAGCGAGCGGAGGUAGAGAGGUGAUGGAUUGAGGUCAGAUGAUGGAAGAGACGGAAAGACGGGAACAGUGUCUUGUCUGUGUUUGAGUGGGUUUGGGUUAAACAAAACAUCACUGUGAAUCCACUGGCAGUUUGUGUACAAAGAUGUAUCUAGGCAGAGUGUGUGAUGUCCAACUGUGAAGUGUGAAAGUGUGUGUGACAGGCGAGUGUGUGUCUGUUCGGUGUGUGUGUGUGUGUGGUCGCUACAUGAGACGAGCCAGUUCUGACUAAAUAAAAACUGCGAUAAUCAAGAUUUUCUUCAUCAGCAAACUUGAAAUAUUCUUCAUGAGGAUAUAAGCAGGCCAAAAAUAAACAAACCAGUGUUUAUUGUUUUAUUUAUUUAAUGGUUAAUCUGUCAGACGUAGCAUAGCUCAGCUGUGACAAAAUAUAGAUGUAAUACUUAAAAAUAAAAUAAUUUUAUAAGUGCAUUGGAGUGGAAGGAUUUAGGUGUGAACACAAGAGGGGGGAAGUGUCAACUCGACAACACAGGUGAGAUUUAAAAGGAAAUAAAUGGAAAAUAAGAAGGUUUUAACUUUCUAAAGAAACCAGGAAAAGAAAAAAUCUGAUAAAAUCUUUAAAAAAAGUACAUAAAAAUCAGAAAAAUAUUUUAAAAAAUGCAACAAAUUAAGGAAAAAGAACAUAAAAAUCCUACAUCUCGCCUGUGUUUGUGUGUUUAAAACGUUUCGCCAUUCUCUGACGUUUAAUUUUUACUGAAACUAAGACAAAACAAACCAACCGAAGAACCAGUGAGACUCCGGCAGGCAGGUUAUCUUGACAGCCGUGGAGCACAUUAAGAGUUAAUGAUCAAUAAUGUUUGUAAUGAGACACAACGAGGACAAUCUGGCUCAUUUGAUUGGUUGAAUCCCUCUGUAUUUGUCCCCUCUUUUGGCACUGGAUGAGCUCCGUGCUGGUGUUUUCUGCGGAGUUUCACUGAAUAAAAGCCAAACUUUAA